AUGACUUCUGCAGUGUGGAUCCUGGUCUGCUCAGUGUCUGUGGCUGUUCUUUUAUCGCCUGCAGCCGCUGUAUGUCCGUACAAUGUUACGUCAUGCACCUGCACUGGACGGUCACUAGUCUGCAGGAACUUGGACGGCCUCCCCACUUUAGUCUCAGACAACAAGGAUGGCAACAUUACAGACUUAACUUUCAUAUCAUGCACCUGCACUGGACGGUCACUAGUCUGCAGGAACUUGGACGGUCUCCCCACUUUAGUCUCAGACAACAAGGAUGGCAACAUUACAGACCUAACUUUCAUAUCUGGCAAAUUGAACAUAUCCAGCAACAGUCUGCCGACCAACCUGCAGAAUUUAACCUUCUCUGACGUGAGCAUCACUUCAAUCUCACCGGAUGCCUUCAAUAGCUCGGCCACCACGCUGAAAUCUUUCUCCAUGAGCAAAGUCAAGUACCCUGAGCUUCCUGACGCCCUUCUCCAGGUCACCAGUUUGACCCAGAUAAACUUGUCAGAUAUGAAUAUAACAAACUGGAAGCCCCAGAUUUUACAGACCUUGGGGAAGACUUUGCGUUCUGUUGUGUUUCAGAAUGUAAGUUUAACUUCUUGGCCAGAAUGGCUGCAAGAUUUCACUUUGGUAAACUCGGUUGAUUUGUCUAGAAACAACCUAGAGGCAAUUUCUGUUGACGCAUUUAGCAAAGUAAAAAAUUUAACCAGUUUGUACCUCAGAUCAACUGAUUUUUACAACGAAACAAAUGUGAACAUAGCACUGCACGAAGUCAUUAAUACACUGCAGAUACUAGAUAUUAGUACCAAUGGCUUUGCUUUUAUACCUGAGGUUAUUUCAACCAUGACUAAAUUAGCUAAAUUAAACUUAUCAGACAACCUUAUCCAGGAAAUUUCAGGAAACAGGAUCCCUCUACAACUCAGAGAAUUAGAUCUUUACAGAAAUAUUAAUCUACAACUAAUAAAGGACAACAGCUUUCCAAACUCCUCCUCUCUGGAAGUUCUAAAUCUAGGCGCUACUAGGAUUUAUAACAUCUCUUAUCUGGCUUUUGAGCCAUUAGAACACUUACGUGAAUUAUAUUUAAAUUUUACCGAUUUGUUUGGAAUUCCUCUCGCCCUAACAAAGUUAAACAAUCUACAAGUUUUGAAGAUGGAGGGAAUACAUUCACUGGUGUGCCCUUGUCCACGGGAUGACAGACUGGUCAAGUGGUACCAGUCAUACAAAACAUUACAACUAACUGGCAACUGUAUUCAUGAUAAGUUCACUAUUCAGCGUUACCUGGCCAACAGUACAACCCAGUCGCCAUGUUCUGGGAAUAGCCGAGCUGCAGUUAAUGUCAGUUUUUACCUUUUUGUUACUCUUCUGAUGAGUAUUUUUCUGUUGUAA